UGUUGCAGAAAUUUCAAGUCUAUUUUGUUUGUAUAAUAUUUGAUUUUACUGUUUCUUUCAUAGGCUAUCGAGGCCUUCAAAGGACUCAUCGAGCUUUGAUGAAAACGCAGGCCACUCAGACUGAGCUAACAUUUAAAGCCCGUUUCCUUUUACCAGCAUAUCUCACUCUUUCACCCAGGGCAACCAUGCCUCAGUUGCUGCCAGUCAACCAAUACCCACCUUGCCAAAGACCACAUAGAUCCAAAACAACAUCUAGGCACAGAGCAGCUUCUAGCUCUGCUGGAGGUGUAAGAUCAGCAAGUAAAAGCCAAUCAGCGCACAAUACUUUGGGCAGCGACAGUGACGACGAGGUGAUGGAAGUUGAUUUGUCAACCAAACAACAAAGGCUGAUCCGUUCCACUGCCAGUAGGGCUUCCAUUCGGAGGCAGAGAGCGGUUGAAGAGGAAAUUAUGGUUUCUUUCAAGCCUGUACCAUCUCCACCCAAAGGGAAUGUUGAGGUUCUAAUUGGCGACCGUCCUGUUUCAAGGAAUGUUGACAGGGAAAAUAGAAAAAUAUCUUCGAUAUGUCGUGAAGUGUCUCCCGUCUUAACCAGAGAAACUCAGGAAGCUUUUUUAGAAAGAUUAAACGCGGUGGAAAUAACUAUCCGAACACUUCAGUCUUCGAGACAAGUGGAGAAGACAGCCAAAGACGAAGCCAAAUCACCGGAAAAGAAAGUUUCUCCUAAACAGCCACAGAUAGCACCAACGCAAGAACCAGCAGAAGCGACGAGGAAAAUUAAAUCAACAUCCAAGAAAGAAUCAGAAGAACUUAAGAAAAUGUCUAGUAUAGAAAAGACUUCUCCCGAAGAAAUAUCGGAAGUGUCAGGUACAAGGAGUCCGACGGGACGUUCAAUGCUAAGAUCCAGGAGUAAGACCUCAGAGACAAGUUCAUCCGUUAGAUCUAGCAGCGAGUCUUCAAAACUUGUAAAUAAACUCACACAACAAGAAUGGAUUUCAUCAAGUGCUGAGGGAUCCUGCUCCUGCCAGGAUUACAUCUCUAAUGAUGAAUCACUGACCAUCACUGAUGACUCACUGCAUCCUGAAAUCAAACAAGCCCUAGAAAAUGCCGAAAAGAGAAGACAAGAAUACUUGGUGAAAUAUCGGGAAAAGAAGGAAAAAAGUGAGGCGAGAAUGGAUGAUCCAACUUCUCCAGAUAGCGAAUCUUCCAGCAGCAUUUUCACAGAAAGAGAAACAUCUAGAAGUGAGGUAUCAACUAGCAGUUCCAAUCGAGUGGCUAAAAGUGAAACGGAAGAAGAUGAAAGUUCAGACUACGUCACCGCAACAGAUCAGUCCCCUCAUUCACCCUACAGAUUAGCCUCCAUGAUCCGGAGGAAAACACCCGGAGAAGAAAGUGAUGUCCCCACCUCAUUUGAAAGCUUCAGUUCACCAUCAAAGAGUAGCGGUCAUCUUCAAGUCAGAUCUUCAACAUCCUCAUCAUCUCCACUUCCUCAUGACGGUGCCACGACACCAUCUAGUCAACAACUAGAAGGUGAAGCAUUUCAAGAAGAAAUACAAUCACAUUCACCAAAACCAUCAAAUGAUCCAGAAGACAUCAGUUUUUAUACAACAGCCGCUCUCCCACCAGAUGACCUGGAAUCAUCAGAUGAAUCUACCAAAAAAGAAACUCCGCCCACCACACCUUCCACAGAAUCUGAAGGCUACACCCCAUUUCAUAAACCUCAUCAUGACACAAGUGGCACUCCUGACUCCGAUCGAACAAGUGACAUCACCCCUUUGUUCGAUCCCUCCCCAGAGCCCUUAUCGAGUUUACAAGAACCUCAGACAGUCAUCGAGAUUCGAAGUGAAGCUACCUCGGAGGAAAUUUUAUCAACAGGAAACGAUUACGAUGACGAUGAAAUGUAUAAAAUGGAUGAUGAAGAUAGUUUUCCUAAAGGAAGUGGCAGUCGAAGUGACCGUGGCGGUUCGGAAUCAUCCGAAAGUUCCAGUGUGCUAUCAGGACUUCAAGAAUUUGAAAGCGCCAAGUUAGGAGCUACAAUGGAUCCUAACCGCUUACAAAUGGGUUCCUACCCGCCAUUGGAUAUUCGAAAAACCGGCGAUGAACUAUCAACAGUUUCCGAAGUUUCUGAAGAGAGUAGUAAAAAUGGAGUUGUGCGUGUACGAAGAAAGAAGUCAGAUCGCAAAGCAUCAGAAGCCUCUUCGCUCUCCGAAGAUCGCCAAAGUCACUUCGAAACUGCCAGAGGAGGAUUGUCCUCUAAAAGAUCAUCCUCAUCGGAAUACAUUCCAUCGGAAACAACAACACCAGACAGCACAACGUCGGGCAGCUUUGUUUUGGACAACGGAUCCAUUACCGAGAACGACUCCUACAAUAGCUUUGCUCAUAUUGAACCAAGGUCAGAGAGUUCUUCUGGAAGAGUUCUGGAGCUGGGAAGAGAGAAGGAGGAUAAAAUAAGAACUGAAAGUGAAUCAGCUAGUGAAAGCUAUAAGGAUAGCAAGUCAUCUAAAACGCCGCAACCAACAGACGAAGAUCUAUUGGGGAAACACUCGAAAAGUGAUCCAGAAAGACACGGUGCAUCAUCUCCUCUCUACAGUGCCAGUAGCGAUUUAUCCGAAAAACUGACUUCUAUGACAGUCUCCUCCUCCUCGGUAAGUCACAAGGUUCCUAAGGACUCGGACACAUCAUGGGAAAGGCAGCACAGUCCAACACAGCCAUUGUCCACCUGGUGCAGUGAAGGAGCCAUACCCAAACAAAGACAUGUUGAAGAAACCAGGCAAGAAGGAAGAAGGAAAAAAGAUAGAAUACGAAAUAGAUCUGAGCCUAGGGAGCAUGUUUCAGCACUUCAGUUUUCACGCCUGGAGCGAUCGACAAGGUCAAAAAGCAGAAGUCCCGAAUUCAAACUAAGUGAUGAUGAAUCUGGGGUACGCUAUCCAGGCCGAGGACCUCUAUGUUCUCACUGCGGCGAAAAACUGGCUCAUCCACCCCUCUCUGCACCAGCUGAUUGGGACAGGAAUUAUCCGAGAUUUUGGGACAUGCCCACACCACACCAUCACGCCAUGAUGUACAGGCAGCCACGAAGCUACAGAGACACAGUAGCUCCUGUUGGAUACAGUGCUCAUAGUCGAUACAACGUAGGCCCUUAUGGAGGAAGUCACUGUCAUAUGCCAAGAUCCUGGUCUUCGGAAAGCGCGGCGCCAGAAAUAGACUUAUAUCCUGAAGAUGAUGAAGAUGCUGGAGUUCAUAAUGAAAGUUACAGAUCUUCCUCUUGGAUAUACAUAACAGACUCAGAAGAGCUCGAAGCGUGGAGAAAUCCAAAAAUACCACGAGAGAAGCCUGAUUCAUCAUCCCGUCCUCCGCUGACUCGUACCGACUCUACAGAUUCUACAGAAUCCGAGAAUGGUUUCCUCAAUCAGUACAUUAGUGUCACCCAUCGGAUGGUUCAUCGAAAAGCCAGCGUUGAAAUGUACCACCGUAUUGCCAACAAUCGUUUCGAGGUAGACAAAAGAAUGGUAAUUCACAGAAAUAAUGGGGAAUUCGGCUUCCGAAUUCAUGGAAGUAAGCCUGUAGUGGUUUCUUACAUAGAAAAAGGAACUCCUGCAGACAUCUGUGGCCUUGAGAUAGGAGAUAUUAUAGUUUCUAUCAAUGGUCUUAAUGUUUUGGAUGCCAAUCAUUCGGAAGUAGUAAAACUGGCUCAUUCAGGGACAGAAGUUCUUAAAAUGGAGGUGAGUCGGACCUGCCAUGUUCUAACUCCGGUGCUAAGUGAUAGUUUAAAUCCUCCUGUGUUUUCUGGUUUUCUUCAGAGGUUAAGUGUGAGCAGCCAAUACAGUCACAAAUGGUGCCGGCGUUGGUUCGCUGUAAAACUUGACGGUGUCCUUUAUUGGUACAAAACCUGUGAGAAAAUAGACGAGCCCCUCGGUGCUUUGGCGCUUCAAAAUCAGUCAAUAAGUCGCGUCCCAGAGGCCGGGGCGCCACACGCCUUCAAGGUGUCCAAGUUCGGCGAAUGCCCAUUUUUCUUUUCUGCCGACGAUGAGGAUACCGCCACAAGAUGGAUCAGUGCCUUGAACCAAGUUGCUGCAACAGCUUCACGGGCGGACCCGUACGUGGACGAGUGCCUGCGGAAUGCCCAACUGCCUCCCAUUUCAAUUCCAAACGUCAUCUGCCAGGGUCCACUGAGUAAGCUGAGUCAGCGUUGGAAAGCAUGGCGUAAGCGCUUCUUCCUCCUAAAAGGCGCAUCACUUUACUUUUACGCCGACCGCAACGCCAAAGUUGCCUUAGGUCUCUUUCAAUUGCAUGGUUACAAGGUCCAAAGCUGUAGUUAUCAAGGAAAGAAAAAUACAUUUGAAGCAGUACCACCGGAGCCCAGACUGAAGCAUCUUUAUUUUCUAGCAGAUUCAGAAACUGAUAAGAAAAGGUGGUUAGCCGCACUAGAAUAUUCAAUUGAUAGAUGGAUUAAAAUUGGAUAACGAUGGUGAUCCUAGCUCCAUCAAUAUCAAUAAUGUGUAAAAAAAAAAUUAUUAAAACACGUGGUCCAAUAUAUGCUCAGUUAAGAGAUGAGAGUUAUGUAAAAUGAUCAUUGUAUAUGCCAUUUGUGGAUGUCAAUGAAGUUUUGUACAAUGCGAAUACUGUUGUAAGAGAUAAUCAUAUUGUUGAAGUUAUCAACAAACCAUGAUGAAAUGCAUUUUCUAACUUCAAUCUGUUCGAUCGAAUUAUAUUUAUGCUUUGCGUAAACAAAUGACAGUAUUAUUACUAGAGUCGAAUCAAAUCUUCCAGGAAACAAAGAAAAGUUAUUAUAUUAUUUUAAUAACUUUAAGUAAAUAAAAUAAAAUUACAUUUCAGUUCCGUC